GUCAUUGGUCAUCACAACUCAACAGAGAGAGGCCAGCUACAGACCAGUUACAACGCCCUGACUGAAGAGAGAGGCCAGCUACAGACCAGUUACAACGCCCUGACUGAAGAGAGAGACCUGCUACAGUCCAGUUACAACUCACUGACAAGAGAGAGAGACCAGCUACAGUCCAGUUGCAACACCCUGAAUAAAGAGAGAGUCCAGCUACAGACUGAGAGAGAUUUUCUUAGCGGGAGGUUUACCAAUCUCAAACAAACCUGCCCUGAAGGCUGGCAGAAGUUUGAAUCCAGUUGGUACUUCCUGUCUACUGAGACRAAAACCUGGAAGGAGAGCAAAAAGGACUGUCUGGAGAGAGGAGCAGACCUGGUGAUCAUAAACAGCAGAGAGGAACAGACAUUUCUCUUCAACCUCCACCUGAGAGCCUGGAUUGGUCUGAAUGACUCUGUUACUGAGGGGACCUGGAAGUGGGUGGACGGCACCCCACUGACCACAGGGUACUGGAGGGCAGGACAGCCUGAUGAUAGUGGGCAGGAAGACUGUGCUGAGAUAUACUAUGGACAAGAUGACCCUGUAAAGACAUGGAAUGAUGACAAAUGUGGCACAAAUCAUAACUGGAUCUGUGAGAAAGUGGUGUAACAAUAACAAUAACACUCUCUCUCUCAAUUCAAUUAAAC